CUUGAAUCUUCGUUUCUUUACAUUCUGCUAGAAACCCGAAUUUGGGUCCACAGGCGUGUUUCUUGCAACAUGCUUGAGGUGAAAGGGAUCAAAACUGAAAACAUGUUUAGUCUAAUUGCACAAGAGGCUAACUAUACGAAAGUGAUCAAAAAUUCACUAAUCCUUGUUAUGUUUGCGGGACCUCCUGCACCCUACGUUAAUGAGCAUUGUUCGGGGCACCUGUUCGCCUAUAAAUCUCUUGCAAACUGCAAUGGAUUAUAGUCCCUUUCAUUGAAUUUUAAAGACCGCUUCAUUAUGGCUUGCUUUUGAAGUGUUUGUGACUUUGGAGCGAAAUUUGAAAACGUGGCUGAAAAUGCCGUGCUUGCGUCGCUGGACACAGGUUGUACACGGAAUUUAAGUAGCCUAAUCUCAAUGACUAUUAAGAGAAUGAGGGCGGUUGCAAAUGAAUCAGUGGACAUCCAGUUGUUAGAAUUAGACUUAGACAAGACACCAUACACUGUCACUAAAUCAUAUCAAUCUUCGUUUUAUAAGAGGGUGACAUUCAAAAUGCUGGACAAGGAGAAACGAAGGAGACUGACGAAUUGCGGAGUGUAUUUCGCCGUGUUGAUGCUUGGCGUCCUCAUUGGCCUGAUUCCCUUUCUUAUCCAAUAUGUCAAAGAGACACAGGCGGACAGAGAGGUCCUCAGACAAUUCGUUCACCAAAACAUCACGGAAGCAUGGAGGGAAUUAGCAGAGCUGCAGAAGAAAGUGAGCGAGUAUACAAAAGAGAAGAAGCCAUCAGCCUUUGCGAUAACAUCAAGAACAACCAGAACGGUUGUACGUAGAAGAGCAUCCAGUGUUGGCAAUGCUAGCAUCACUCUUCAGUGCAAAGGAAUGAUGAAAAUCGAGAAAGUCUCUUUAAAUAAUGUUACUCCAUUUCCGGAUACAAUCAGAAAAUUCGACAAAUAUUGCAAAGAACAUGAAGUGAUUGAUAAAAACAUGAAGAAGUGCACUGUCAGCAUGCAGCUCGUUCUCAAAAUCAAACUGGACACGUUCGAAUUCACAGAAGUCGAAUAUUCGUGCGAGGAAACCGUUAAAAAGUGACGUCAUAUAUUGAACAAAUGAAGUUGGUUGGCUUGGAAAUUUGCCUACCAUUUUAUCUGAUUGUAUGUACUUUUUAGCCUAGGAUAUGAUGGUAAAUGCAAAUGCUUGUUUUUAACUUAAUUGUAGACAAUUUCAUUUUCUUGUAGAUAAUUUCAGAUAUAGAAUAAUCUUACCAUUAAUUUUAGAGCACAGCA